AUGGUGGCUUUAUUACCACCCGAAUCACUACAUUCGAUCCUGCAGAAAUGUCCUUGCCGGAGGCCGCAGAUCCAAGAACUUGCAACAUACUACAAUGAUACCUUCCCCAGCCCUUCCGUCCUCGUCGCCUACGGCCUCGAAAGCACGAGCAAGACCAUAGCCAUCGUCGAAGUGCUGAGAUGGAGAGAAAUUCCGCACGGAAUCGUCAAGUGCAGGGAGUGUCUCUCGCAGCGGCACCUGCUGUCCAAGAUCUUUGCGGUGUGCGUCGCGGCCUUGGGACGGGAACAGGGACAGGAACAGGGGAACCAGACGGAACAGCAGUUCGACAGGACGGACAGCAUCAACGCACUGGUGGGGAACUUGCGCAGGCUGUUCGAACGGGUCGUGGUGGACUCGAAGAGCAGCAAGAAGAACAAGUUCGUGGCGGUGAUUGAGGACGCGGAUGCGCUGAGACAACCGGGUCCAACACUGCUCCCUGCAUUGGCACGGCUGGGAGAUGUGAUCCCUGGGUUUUCAGUCAUUUUGACCUCGAGCUCCCCGCGACCUCUCAACCUGCACAAGACCGGGGUGCCGUGCGUCCACUUCCCGCCCUACACACGCUCCGAAGCCAUCUCGAUCAUCGUCUCUACCCAACCGACCACGCCUUCACUCUCGCACUCAGCCUUGGCCUCGUCGUCAGGCACUUCCACCUCCACCGCCGAGACCGACCAGCAGCAGCACGCCGCGCUCCUGUCGAAGCUAUACGCCCAGUUCGCGGUGACGGUGUACGACACCCUGAUAUCCUCGACGUCGUCGACAUCCAUAGACACCUUCCGGCUGGCCUGUGAGAGGCUGUGGCCGCGGUUCAUCGAGCCCAUCGUGUCUGGCGAGGAACCACCGGCGAGAGCCAAAUCGUGGGACUUUGCGAGAUUACUGGUGCGGAAUCGUGGUCUGUUUCGAUCAGAGGGAGAGGAUGCGUUGCAUAACACGUUUCCAAGGACCCCGUUGCCAGAUAACCCCCCUGAAGCGGGUUCGUCUCUACAACAACAACCACGACAAGAUGCGGUCAGGAAUAGCAGUGCGCCAGCAACGCCAUCAAAACGUGCCCCGUUAGACUCGAGCAAAUCUGCAGCAUCGAGAGAAUCCGCCUCAAAACCGUGGCUAUCACAAACAUCAUCAUCAUCUUCUUCUAUAACGCGGCCAUCCCUCCUGAAGCAUUUCCCGACCCUUGUCCUCCUCUCAGCCUACCUCGCAAGCCAUACGCUACCUAAACACGACAUCCUGCUCUUCUCCCGCUUAAGCGCCACGUCCAGCUCGAUCAGCAAGAAAAUCCGCAGACUGAGGCAGACGCCGACAAAGAGGAAAACAACAUCUACCCCGAGCGGGACGCCAACAAAGGACGCCACAACCCCCACCAAAUCGCGCAACAAGUCUUUGUUUGCCGCAGGGGCGAAUCUGGGUAUCCCACGGCCAUUCACACUUGAGAGGCUCGUCGCGAUCCUGCGUGCGAUCCACCCCCAAGGUAUCCCCAAUCGGCCAGGUCGUGGCGUGAGCGAUCGGAUAUACCGUGAGCUUGGAGAGUUGGAAAGACUCAGACUCGUUGUACGGUCGUCUGGAUCCGGCGCGGCGACUGGGGCUGGAGGGACGGGUGACGAUGCAGGAGACGAGAAGUGGCGGGUCAAUACAUCUGUCACCACCAUCCACGGAGAAAUCUAA